AUGAACACAGCGAAGUCUUCAAGUGAAGCUCAGGACAAAAUGCAAGUGGAAAAACUACAAGACACAAAUGAGCGCCUUUCUGUUAAAGUGGACUACUUGGAGAGCAGAGUCGCUCAUCUGUCAACCUCCAACACAGACCUGUCCACCAGGCUCGUCCAAAGUGAAGAGGAGAAGCUGAAGAUAUCAAAGGAGCUUGUUGAGGAGAAGGUUCAAAUAAACAAGAUGAGAGCUCAGUUUGAGGAAGAGACAUUUCAGCUGAAAAACAAGAUACUGAACCAGAAAGGGGAGUUAACAGAACUGGAAACAGAGCGAGACAAAUUGCUUGUGGAGAUCCAGUCAGCACAGGGUCAUCCAAAAGUCUUUGAAAACAACAGCCAAGAGUACGCAUCGCUCAAGAAGAACUACCUCUCUCUAGCUGAGGCCCACCACAAAGAGCUGGCCCAGAACAAGGAGCUGAGUGCAGCGUUGCUGGCCUUGGCCCAGGCCCAGGAUGCCCUGCGCAGCCAGCUGGCCGAGCAGCACCAGAGGGCUGAGGACACCACGCAAGGCCUUCACGGGGAGCUGGACCGAGUCAGGGGCCUCAUCAGCCGCAUGUUGCAUAGCAGAGUCAAGCCAGAUCCUGCUGCUUUGAACACAGAGCAAAAAAACAUGGAAAGAAAUAAUGAAAUUAAAGACAUGAUGGAGGACAUGAAGCGCAGCUAUGAGGAGGAGCAGCGGAAACUCAAGGACAAGAUUGAGUCGAUGGGAAAAGAGCAGCAGAUUCAAAACAGCCAGCAGAAACCAUCUGAGCAGAGUUUGACUUGUCUGUGCUGUCAGAGCCAAUUGAAGCAGGUCCAAGAAGACAACUCAAGGCUGCAGCUGCAAGUCAAAGAGCUUAAUGAGCAAUAUCGUGCAAGGCUGGUGUGCUAUUUAAGGGACAUAACUGAGUACAUCGAUAGCCUUGGAGGAAACAAAAUGCUGUCAGAGGGUAACAAGUUGAAGGCAUUUGUGGACAACAUGCUGAGGGACGUCCGCUCAUCCUACAGGGCUCGUGAGGAACAGCUUGCUACCGCCGCUCGAGCUUACAAAAAGAAUCUGCAGAGGAUCACCAAAACCCAUCACGCCCUGAUGAAUGCAUACAGGGCUCAGAGGGAGCAGAUUUUAUCCAAACCAGACAAAGGUCUGGAGCCUGGACCCCCAGAAGCCAAUUUCAACGUGGAACCCACUGAGCUGAGAGAGGAGUCAGAGAAGGUUCUCCAUCAGCUUGAGCUGGACAAGUCCAAACUGGAGGGUCAGCGGCAGGUGACUCGAAACCAGGUGGCAGUCCUCAAAACUCCUGUGGGGACAUCAAUUUGCCAGGAGAUGCCAAAACUGGAAAAGAUAUUUGAAGAAUCCUGGUUGGUCAUCAGGGAACAGCUGAAGGAGAUAACAGACUCCACUCUGGGGAGCUAUGAGAGGGAGCACAAGCUUCUCAUCACCAGAGCGACCGUUGCAGAAGCGCAGGUGUCACAGCUGCAGGACUAUAUUGACAAUCAUCUCGACAGGUAUAAACAGGAGGUUGCACAUCUCAGUCUUCUGCAUGGGAAAGAGGAGCCGUCACGCACACAGAGCACUCAUUAAUUCACUUAAUUACCAAAACACAUAAAAAUUUUACAACAUAAAGGUCAUUAUUCCAUUAGGUAAAUUAUACAAUUAAAACACCCAUUCCACACUUCUUUCAUUUGAUCACUAGGUGGUGUUUUCUUCCCCCUCCCUCUACGAUGACAUUCCCAAAGAAAUCCGGCCUUGAGAAAAAAAUGCCUGGAAUGUUUGUAAAGCUUAUGUCAAUUUCACGAGCUCGGGAGAAGAAAGCGCUGCGACAAUGAGGGGUCACCCUGGUGAGAAUAAUGUCAUUACAUGUUACCCAGACACGUACACGCCCGUCCCUGAAUGCUUUCCCUUCAAUGCUGCGGUGCUGCUCCAAGGCACUUUCCCAGAAUCAGCCUUCAUAUUUACGACCUCCCCUUUGAAAUUCAUUAUAUAGUGAAAGAGUCCCCUAGUGACUUUAAUGCCACAAUUUGUAACUGAAAUCAAAUCUAAAGGAAAACUUGGUAUAAUCUAAAAUGGAACUAGUCAGGGGAAUUAUGGGAAAACUGUCAUACAUUCAUGUCACCCCAUUCCCCUUUUGAGGGGGCAUGUCUGCCAUAUGAGAGGGGGGUGUGAAAACAUUGAGAGGAAUGGGAAGUGGGAUUUUGUUGGUAAUGUAUUACACUCCCAGGGCCCUGGGAAAGGGGGUGUGUGGUGGUACAGUGGCGGGGGUGCAGCUUGGGUCUGUGCCAACAUAGUCACUGUGCCAAAGUGCUGGGGAGCAGUCCUCACACCGACGGCUCUGUGGGAAAAAUCAAAAGCAGGUUGGUUCUUUGCUGCGCUGCUGACAAAGAUGGUGUGUUGCAAUGUGUGAGGAAGAAUCAUCCACAAACAUCAAAUGAAAAAUUUUGCAGAAGAAGAAACAGUCACUUAGAAGUCUGAUGGAAAAGUGUUUUACACGUGAAAACACGGUAGUAUGCAUGCCAGGCCCUUUGUAGCAACAUUUUAGGUGGUUGGUUGCUCUUAUUUCUUCAUAGGGUACGUGUUAUCCUAUUCACCACAUUAAUGAAAGCAAACCUCCGCUGUUAGGCAGAAUUGACUUUUUAACAGUCGUAUGUGUUUCCGGAAAGUUUUUUUUAUGAGCAAAAAUAUAUCAUCUCACUCAGUUGUUUGCACCACUUUUGAGUCGCAGAGUUCACGGAGGACAGCUCUGUAAAAAACACAGGCUCCGCUACACAUCUUUAAAAAAGUGUGGAGCUCUGCCAACUAUCCGUCAGUCAGCUACUGGUGUGGGAGAUGUACUUGUGAUCAUUUAGAUUUUCGUCAGCAAAAAGGCUAACCUUGCAUGAUGUUGCUGUUAAAAUGUGACCGUGACUGUCUAGUCAGCCAGUGUUGUGUCUUGGUCAAACUAGUUUUGUUGAAAAGGGAAAUGUAGCAAUGUUCAUCACACAUGUCCAUGUUACCAACAAUACCUGUUUAAAAAAUGCUUUAUGAUAUAUCAUAUAAUCAGAAUUACUUAUCUCACUCUCCAAACAAACUUGUGAAUAUUAAUACCAGAAUUGUGUUCACUUGUAUUGUAUGAAUGUACUGUAACUAAGAAAUACUUUUUUUUUUACAUGAAUGCCAAUAGACUUCUUCUGUCUAGCUUGCGCCCAUACACUACCACAGUGACUCACUAUUGCCUCUUGUGGACACAAGUGGCAUUGAUGAGUAGAUGCUAAUACAGUCAUGGAAAAAAUUAUUAGACCACCCUUGUUUCUAAAGAGUGAAAACAAAAAUAGCUCAUAAGAGUUACAAUUUUUGGCAGUACAAUGCUAUAGCUAUUAAUGUAAGAACUUAACUGUUUUUGGUUGUUAUCAAGAAAAGCAUGGAAGUUGCUAGAUAUAUGCUCCUAAAUUAAACUCUUAUUUAUAUAGAUCUAUAUUUGUUAUGAUCAUUAUAUUUGUCCAAACAAAUGUACCUUUAGUUGUACCAGGCAUUAAAAUGGAUCAAUAAACUGUAGGGUGGUCUAAUAUUUUUUUUUUCAUGACUGUAUGUACAGCAUAUGUCAUAAGUUCAUUUAUUUGGGGAGUCAGUGUUUUUAAAAAAAAACAAACAAAAAAAAACACUGGACCUAAGCAUGUGUCAGCAGAAUAAACCCGUAAAUACAUUAUAAAUCAAGCCUAAUCAACAUCACACAGCCAGUUAGCAUCUCAUGCUAACCCUCUACUUUGAUUUAUGUCGUUGUUGACACUUUGUGCACAGAUUUGUUUUGUGACCAGCACAGUGGGGAAAAAAGAUUGGAUGAAUGAGUUAUCCUGAGGAUGGGAAGCAAAGGGAAGCGCUGGAGAGGAAGUACCUCACAUGUGCUGCGAUGGGCCGCUCAUCAAGAGUUCCUUUGUUUUAGGAGGUUAAUGCUUAAUUGAUACAGGCUUAAUGAGAACGAGCUUGUGGGCGAAGAGUGUGUGUGAGCCAGUGGCUGGACGGGCUGGCCAUAAUUGGAACAGACAAGCCUUGUGUGCCGGAGUGCACUGGGAAGAGAUUUAUGGGAAUGCAAGGAACAGGAGUGGGAAUGAGGAAGAAAAGGUGACAUUGAGGAUGAAGAAUGUGCAGGCGGUGGGAAUUUGGCGAUGAUGGUGUAGGGAUAUCAUGAGAAUGACGUCGGUAUCAAUGGAAAGUGAACAGGAAACGUCAUGAAAGCACCACAUGUACUAGUUCAAAUGUGUGUGGUGACUUGAUAGCAAUUACCCAACUAAUUGCAAAGCUUUGCAAUCCUGAAAAACUGUUACCAUCAUUUUGUGGGACACCUGUCUCUUUUUUUCUGACAAAUUGUCUUUUGCCCCCAACCCCCACCAUCCCUCUGCUUUGCGUCUGACUAUUCAUGCAAGAGUCCCCAGCUCCUCUCCAGACAAGCUUUCAGCACCAAGACUGGAGAGGCAUUAAGAGGGGCGGGGUGCGGGGGGAGACAGAGGCUGAUGGGGUGGUUGCAUGCACUUCAGCAAACCUUGAAGAAUUGGUACCGAAAGCUAUAGACAUUCUGGGUGGCUGCAUCAAAGGGGGGAAAAAAGAAAUAAUGACAAGUGAAAUAAAAAAAAAAAAAAGAGGAGCCGGCGUGCAUAUUAAGUGAAGAGAAGGUUUGGAAGGAAAACAAAUUAGAGUAUUUGGAAGUGAGGCUUGACUGAGAUGAAAAGUGAAGAGGAGAGGGAGAAUUUAGGGUGAGAAAAGAAAAGCAGAGGUACAGUAAAGGGUGAGAAAGACAGGGGAGGGAUGGACCAGAGCGAGUGAGAAUGAGGCUGAGGGAAGGAGGAGAGAGACCCCUCUGCUUUCCCACACUCGGGCCCGUUCCCACACUGGACCUGCCUAAUCCCUGUCUUAAUUGGGGGAGAAUUCCAGCGCACAUGUUCGCCUCAGCUGAGCAAAGGCUGGUUGGUUGGAUAGCUGGAUGGCUUGUGACAUGCACAAAGUGAGCGUGCACGUUGCUGCAAUAUAAACAUGCUGUGUGACUGUCCGCACACCUUGUGCAUACUGUCAAUGUACACCAAACGUGACCACUGAUAUUAGUUUGUUUAAAGGACAACUCUGUUCUAUUCAUUCGUUCUACACACACCGUUUACAGCUCAGUUCAAUUUUAAUAGAAGUGUAUUUACUGAGGUGUCACAAGACUCUUGGUUCACGAAAUGAGACAAUGCACAAGAUUGGAUCUGCGAGAACAAGACGAGACCAGAUUUUAACAUUACUUUUAAUAAAAGUACAAUGAAGAAAUGUAAAACAAAGAUUACAACAUAUUGCAAUCUACUAAUUUAAUUUCUACUACAUUGCACUCUGUGUGUACGCUACCAGCCCCACCUCCAUCCACCGUGACAAAGAGACUAACAAAAAGGGCUCGCGCCAUUCAUUCCGUUGUUCUAUGGAACAAACACGCCAAGGUGCUGAAACCAAUGCAUAGAGUGAAUCCUUUUCCUUCCUGUUUGAAGGCGGGAGACGAGAAAAACAGACACAUGGCAAUAUAUUGAGGCCAGCAAAAUUAUGUAAUUAAUUUUCAUUUAUUGUGUGAUUAAUUUAUGAUCAUCCCAGGCCUAGUGCCCACGAGACAGUUUUUUUUUCUGAACGAGAAAUCUUGUCACAUUUUAAUCUCACUGGAUCUUGUGACACCCCUGGUAUUUACUGUACCCCAUAAAGCUAUAAUUUCGCGACAUUGUUUUACAAACAUUUUUUAGGAAUACAUUGUAACACAAAUUGAAAUAAUCUGUUCCAGUGUGAAACUGUCACCAGCAUAAAAACUGUACAGGCAAUGUUUAAAGUGACAUUUUAAUGUUUCUAAAACAAAAACCAAUCAAGACUCACUCUUUAAUGACUCAUGACUUAAACUUUACUGCUAAAUGUAACAACAAUAAAGCAAUCAAAACUCACUUUUUUAGAAUGACUGAUGAAAGCAUAUGUAAAGUACAAAAAGGAUACACAUAGGCAAAUACAAAUUGACGGCGUAGACAUUGGGUCGUAAUAGAUAAUAUGAACUGGAAAUCUCACAUUAAAAAUACACAACAUAAAGUGGCAAGAAAUUACUCAAUACUGAAUAAAAAAAAUUCGUUCUAGACCAAAAAUCACUCCAUACUCUCUACUGUUCUCUGGUAUUACCAUUCAACAACAGGUUGGACAAAUUUCUUAAUAACAAUGAAUUACUAGCAGACAGCCAAUACAGAACUAACAUUUCAACUUCCAUGGUGUUAAUCGAAAUGACUGAGGAUAUGACCAAUGCUGUAGACUGUAGAAAGUGCGCAGGUUCAGUAUUUUUGUAUUUGACAAAAGCCUUCGAUACAAUUAAUCACAAUAUCCUAAUUACAAAAUUAGAAAGAUAUGGAAUCAGAGGAUUAGCUUUGAACUGGGUGAAAAGUUACUUAGCAGACAGGAGGCAAAAUGGGAAGAUACUAGGAGAAUAUACAGUACAUCUGCGAGCUUGAAGGUAUUGUGCGGCGUACCCCAGGGGUCAAUACUGGGACCAAAACUGUUCAAUUUAUACAUAAAUGACAUCUGUAAAGUCGCGAAGGACUUGAAACUGGUAUUAUUUGCACAUGAUACAACCGCAUUCUGCUCUGGAGAUAGCACACAGGAACUAAUUUUAAAAAGUACAAAAAGGAUACACAUAGGCAAAUACAAAUUGACGGCGUAGACAUUGGGUCGUAAUAGAUAAUAUGAACUGGAAAUCUCACAUUAAAAAUACACAACAUAAAGUGGCAAGAAAUUACUCAAUACUGAAUAAAAAAAAUUCGUUCUAGACCAAAAAUCACUCCAUACUCUCUACUGUUCUCUGGUAUUACCAUAUCUAACUUACCGAUAUGGGGAAACAACUCUAAAAGUACACUGCACUCACAAACCGUGCUACAAAAAAGGUCGGUUAGGAUGAUCCAUAAUGUCGCUUACAGGGAACAUACAAAGCCUUUAUUCCGAAAAUCACAAUUAUUAAAAUUUGCUGAUCUGAUCAACUUUCAGACAGCUAAAAUGAUGCAUAAAGCAAACUAUAACAUGUAACCCAAAAAUAUAAAACAAUUAUUCUCAACAAAAGAGGAGAAAUAUGAUCUUAGGGACAAAUUAAACCUAAAACACUUAUAUGCAUGGACUACACUAAAAACCUUCAGCAUUUCUCUGUGUGGAAUCGAGCUAUGGAACGGCUUGAGUCAGGAACUCAAACAAUGCACUAAAAUGAGCCAUUUCAAGAAACGGUACAAGCAGUUGAUGUUUAUAAAGUACAAGGAAGAAGACGCCUGAACCACUGUGCACGUACAAUACUAUAUCUAACCAGUCUUACAUUGACUACUAACUCUUCUUUUUCGGUGGGUACAUUGUCUGUACUCACACAUUGUCAAAAUGUGUCCCUGUCAACUUUUUCAUCAGCUAUUAUCAAUUUAUUACCAUCAUUAAGUUGUUGUUGUUGUUGUUGUACAUUCAGCAAAUGUAUUGCAACUGAUGUGAAACGGAUGAGGGGUAGGAUUUGCUUCUUCCUACUCCUUUUUGGAAACGCAGAACUGUGAAUUGUGUUAUGUGAUGUGCACUGUAGUUUGCGUGCAUGUUCAAGAUAAAUUAAACCACUACCAUUUUUUAAAUGUCAUGCAAGUGUAAAAAGAAGUUCACUCCUAUUCCUAGUUAAAAGUAAAACACAUUUUCCUUUUUAAUGUUCUUAUUUGUCAUACAAGUCUAAAAAGAAGUUAACCCCUGUUUAUAAUAAAACGGAAACAUAAAGCUGCAGAGUCACUCUUAAAGUUAAUGACAGAGGCAAAUGCGAAGGUAAGUCGCAUGCAAAGAUGCGUGUCACACGUUAUUUUGCACAGACGUUAACCACUAUUAAUAGUAACUAAAUGCACAAUUAAUUGUUUGACAUUCCCUCAAAAGCGGUCCAACAUGACAGUGGUUCAAAAUGUGAAAAUGUUGUGCGACUUUAGAGACAUAUUUUUUUGCCCCUGCAGGGGAACUUAAGUCUUUCCACCUACAGCUGUGGUAUGUUCUUUUACGCCACUGUUGUAAAUGCAAAACAUGAGCUAAAUGUGCAUUUGCCAACAAGCAAAUAAAUAUAUACUAAAUGCUAACUAAUCUGUGAAAUAAACAUGAUCUGAUCACUUGAUUGGAUUAUUCCAGCACCAUUAUCACCAGUGAUGUAAGUGUGCUUCAAUACUAAAACAUAAGCACCCGCACAGAUUUCAUAACACAAACGAUAUCAUAUUUCACAGCUAUUCUCACGUACUUGCAACACAGUGCCAGCCAGUAUCAGUUGACACACCAUGCCCCGAGGCUGCAAAACAUUGAGUAAAAAAAAAAAACAACCUUGCAAGGAGAUACUAGUAACACAACAAAACGACAGAGUGAGUGGCAGUUUCGUUCCUGCCUACCUCUUGGCUCAACACAAUGGAAGUGGCGCAGUGUUGUUCCUGAGGAGGUAACUCAAGUCUGAGGAGAAACAGACAGUGAGUGCACACAGGAGGCAUGGCAGGAUUAGAUGUAUGACAAGGGCGGAAAAGAAGGAUGUUUCUCAACUUUUAAUCCAAAUCCUUGCGGUUAAUUUGUCAGGUUUAGGCUGAAUAGAAGCAGGUGUUUGGAAACAGGAUACGGGGUUUAA